AUGACCCACGACAGCGCUUUCUUCAUUAGCGUGGAAAAACUUGAUAACCACAUCAUAAUGCUUAUCAACCAGAUCCACUCAGAGCCCAGCAAGCCCAUUAUAAAGACAAGAGGCACUGGACCUCUAAUCUCGAGCUGUUUGGCUUCAGACACAAUCAGCCCUUCACAACAGCAUCUUGCAUUGAAGCAGCACCGGUUCAUCAUGGCAGAUACACGGCUUUUCCAGUCUAUGAAGAUCGGCCGAGUCGAGUUGAGACAUCGGGUGGUUAUGGCUCCUUUGACCCGGCUGAGAGCUGGUCUAGACCAUGCUCCCUUAUCUAUCGCCAAAGAAUACUACACACAGCGCGCCUCAACGCCCGGCACGUUAAUCAUCGCGGAGGCGACCAUGCCAUCAGAAACCCAUUGUGGAUCUGCUUACUCUCCAGGGAUCUGGACGAGUGCUCAGAUAAGGGCCUGGAAAGAUAUCACGGACGCGGUACACUCCAAGGAUUGCUCUAUAUUCUUGCAGAUAUGUGCGCCUGGGCGUGCGGCUGCGGAUCCCUAUCCUUGUUACAGUUCAAGUGCCAUCGCGAUUGAUUCGAGUAGUCGCACCCCUAAAGAAAUGUCGGAGGCUGAGAUAUGGGCAUGCAUUGCGGAUUUUGCGACUGCGGCCAAGAAUGCAAUCGCCGCGGGCUUUGAUGGGGUGGAACUGCACGCAGCAAACGGCUAUUUGAUCGACCAGUUCAUUCAAGACACCUGCAAUAAACGAAGCGACUCGUGGGGUGGAUCAGUUGGGCACCGCUCAAGAUUUGCUCUCGAAACGACAAAGGCCGUCGUCGAUGCCGUUGGCAGUGACCGUGUGGGCAUUCGAUUCAGCCCAUGGAGCACUUUUCAAUCGAUGAGAAUGCAGGAUCCGGUACCUCAGUUUUCGCACCUGGUGAGGGAAUUGAAACGGUACGAGUUGGCGUAUUUGCACAUCAUCGAGUCUCGAGUAAACAACUGGACUGAUGUCGAGAAAGUGGAAGGAGUGGACUUCAUGUUGGACAUCUGGGGUCAGCAGUCACCGGUGCUAGUCGCCGGAGGGUUCACAUUAGAUUCCGCGACAAAGGCUGUGGAUGAAGAGUACUGCCAGUUCGAUGCGGCUGUGGUCUUUGGAAGAUAUUUCGUGUCAACACCGGAUCUUGUAUUUCGGUUACGAAACUGCCUGGACCCCAAUCUGUAUGAUCGGAGCACAUUUUAUACCCCAAUGAAGUCCGAAGGCUAUAUUGACUACCCAUUCAGCGAAGCUUAUCUUCGAAGUCAGGCCUAA